AUGGCCACCCUCAAACCACCACCAGUCCAACACCGCUCUGCCUCACCCUCUCGCACCCCCACCGGCCCUCCUAAAGCUCCCCUAAGGGCCGAUCCAACAGCCACAAUCGCCGAAACAGCCGUCUUCCAGGGCAUCCACCCCGUCUCCAUCGGCGCGGGCACCAUAAUCCACCCACGCGCCAAAUUCUACGCCUACGAAGGCCCGAUCAUAGUCGGCGAUGGCUGCAUAAUCAGCGAAAAGGUCGUGAUCGGCGCCGCGCCCAACAAUCCAGCACGACCAAGCCACGCCCCCAAAGAGUCUACCGCCGCAGAGCCACAGGCCGACGCGUCAAACCAGUCAGACACCGCCACGAGACUCUCCUACUUUGUCACUAUCGGUCCCCAGGCAACGAUAAGUCCCGGCGCCCAUAUCCAUUCCUCCGCGACGGUCGAGGCUCUGGCGAGGAUAGGCCGGUACGCGGAGAUCGGGUCGCACGCGAAGGUGUGCGCUGGGUGCGAGGUUGGCGAGCGGAAUGCUGUGGACGAGUGGGUCGUUGUUUGGGGAUCUGGACUGGGGCAGCGGAGAAGGAGAGCGCGUGAGGCAAAGGGGCCCGGGCCGGCGGUGGUUGUUGCGGCGCAAGUUGCGCAGGCAGCGGUGCCGGGACCUGCGCCGGAGGGGAAGUUGAUUGAAGAUGCGCGAUUGAUGGUUUUGCAGAAAGAGAGGGAGGUCCUGGGUCGGAUGAUUGUACCUGCGGGGGCAGGGAAGAAGAAAUAA